UCGAAUAUUCCAGAAAUUAUAGUGGGAAGAAGAGCAUGUUCUCAUCCUCAGUGAUAAUCAGUAAUACAAAAUUACGGACCCAGAUUGAAGUUAGAGAGACUAUUUUUCAGAAAGAUUGUGCAGGGCUGCUUUCAGAGCUAGUUUCAGUGACGGAAAUGGCUGGUGCUGAUAAUGUCGCCCAUGAUAUUCAAUCUAUCCUCUCUUCUUCGGGGAGGGAUUAUCUCGUUCGGAACAACGGCGAUCAGGUACAAAUUGAGAGCUUGAAAGGGAAGAAAGUUGGUUUAUAUUUUUCAGGAUCUUGGUGCGGCCCCUGCCGACGAUUCACCCCUACUUUGGUGGAGUUGUACAAUGAAGUCUCUCCUAAAGGUGACUUUGAGAUCAUUUUUGUGUCGGCUGAUGAAGAUGAAGAUUCCUUCAACGGUUACUUUUCAAAGAUGCCAUGGCUUGCUGUCCCAUUUUCUGAUUCCGACACGCGCAGUAGCCUCGAUGAAUUGUUCCAAGUGCAGGGGAUUCCCCACCUCGUGAUUCUGGACGAGAAUGGGAAAGUCGCCACUGAAGAUGGAACUGAGGCCAUUAACGAGCACGGCGUUGCUGCAUACCCUUUUACAGCUCAGACCCUUGAAUCUAUUCUAGUUUCUGGAGAUCUAGAUUUUGUCUUGGGGAAAGAUGGGGUCAAGAUUCCAGUGUCAGAUUUAGUGGGAAAGACAGUCCUCCUAUACUUCUCAGCUCAAUGGUGCCCACCAUGCCGUGCAUUUCUACCAAAGCUUAUAGAAGCAUAUCACAAGAUCAAGGCCAAGGACAAUGCACUUGAAGUCGUCUUCAUAUCCAGUGACAGGGACCAGGCCUCGUUUGACAAAUUCUUUGCUGAAAUGCCAUGGCUGGCGCUUCCUUUUGGAGACUCUAGGAAGGCAUUCUUAGGUCGCAAGUUCAAGGUGCAAGGCAUUCCCAUGUUGGUGGCCAUCGGACCUAGUGGCCGAACCAUCACGAAAGAAGCCAGAGGACUCAUCACGCUUUAUGGUGAUGAAGCCUAUCCUUUCACUGAGGAAAGGGUGAAAGAACUUGAGGCAGCAGCUGAAGAACGACGUGCAUUGGAGGGAAGAGAAAUCUAAACAAGGUCCCAAUGAGGAAGAUGAGAAUAAGAAAGAUUUGGGGUUUGGGAUAUAGAAGUUUGCACUAUAGCCUAAAUAAAAGUUAAGAGUGAAGUUUGCACUAAAGUUAAGAGUGAAGUUUGCCCCUAGGCCUCUUGUGUGUAUCUCUUGUGUGUAUUUCAGAGUUUGUAUGAUGUUGUGUUGGAUUUUAAUGUUAUAAAUAAACACUAGAGUAUGCCCCUGUACGAUGUACAGGUAUACUUAAGCUUUA